GAUUUCCAGCCACCACAAUGUACCAGCUUACAACUGUCUGUAACUCCAGUUCCAGGAGGUCCAAUGCCUCCUUCUGGCCUCUUGGGUACUGCAUGCACAUAGUGCACGUACAUGCACGCAGGAAAAUCCUUUCUACACGUAAAAUAAAAAUAAUCUUAAAGCAGGGCCAGGGAUAGUGUUUGUUAGAUUGGGAUUGACAGGUGACGUGGAAAUAAAGGUAGACAGGCACCUACAGAAGCGGGAUUAGUCUUCAACCAGAACUUCUGAAGUCUCCAGGAAGUGGAGACUGCCCACUGGGUGUGGCGUGCUUGGGUUCUGGUAGGACGGAAAGGAGAUGGAAGAUUCCAUCUGCACGUCAGUUCCCCUGCCUUCUCAGGGUGGUAGAUGCCACGCGGAGAUAUGCCUGUCCUCUAAUCAGAGGCUUCUGGGACCUAACAGCCCACAGGUGCUAUCAAUGGAGUUAACUUUGCUUUGCCAAGCUUCUCAGUCCACCUGAGGCCUUAACCCUGCAUUGUUUGCCUGUGGGGAGUGUUGUCAGAUUCUGUGUAAGACUAGCGAGGGCAGUAGAUGUGGCUUAAUUGGUACAGUGCUUGCUUGGCGUGCACAGAGCCCUGGGCUAGACCCCGGAGUCUCAUAAACUAGGUAGGUGGGUCUCACCUGCAAUCCAGCAGUCAGGAAGUACAGGCAGGAGGGUCAAAAAUCUCAGGUCAUCCCGGACUGUGUCUGAGAAAAGAUGACAUGGCUGAAAUGUGCCUAAUUCUUGUUUCUUCAUGGAGGUGCGGGAUGAGCCAGGACCUGUGCGCGCUUGGCAGGUCGUCUCCUGCUAAGCUGCCCCUUGGCCUGGCGAGCAGUUUUGAGACUAGCUGCUUCUCUGUGACAAGCUUCUGCACAUGAAAAGCAACAAAUACCUGACCGUGAACAAGCGGCUGCCAGCCCUGCUGGAGAAGAACGCCAUGCGGGUGACUCUGGACGCUACAGGCAAUGAGGGCUCCUGGCUCUUCAUCCAGCCCUUCUGGAAGCUGCGGAGCAAUGGGGAUAACGUGGUCGUGGGGGACAAGGUGAUCCUGAAUCCUGUCAACGCAGGGCAGCCGCUGCACGCCAGCAACUAUGAGCUCAGUGACAAUGCUGGCUGCAAGGAGGUCAACUCUGUCAACUGCAAUACCAGCUGGAAGAUCAAUUUAUUCAUGCAGUUCCGGGACCACCUGGAGGAGGUGUUGAAGGGGGGAGAUGUGGUGCGGCUGUUCCAUGCAGAGCAGGAGAAGUUCCUCACCUGUGACGAGUACAAGGGCAGGCUGCAGGUGUUCCUGCGAACCACGCUGCGCCAAUCCGCCACCUCAGCCACCAGCUCCAACGCACUCUGGGAGGUGGAGGUGGUCCACCACGACCCCUGCCGAGGCGGGGCGGGACACUGGAAUGGUCUGUACCGUUUCAAGCACCUGGCCACAGGCAACUAUCUGGCUGCCGAGGAAAACCCCAGCUACAAAGGUGAUGCCUCAGAUCCCAAAGCAGCAGGACCGGGGGCGCAGGGCCGCACAGGCCGCAGGAAUGCAGGCGAGAAGAUCAAGUACCGUCUGGUAGCUGUGCCACAUGGCAAUGACAUCGCCUCCCUUUUUGAGCUGGACCCUACCACGCUGCAGAAAACCGACUCCUUCGUGCCCCGGAAUUCCUAUGUGCGGCUGCGGCACCUGUGCACCAACACAUGGAUCCAGAGCACCAACGCGCCCAUCGACGUGGAGGAGGAGCGGCCAAUCCGGCUCAUGUUGGGCACGUGCCCCACCAAGGAGGACAAGGAGGCCUUUGCCAUUGUGUCUGUGCCGGUGUCUGAGAUCCGUGACCUGGACUUUGCCAACGAUGCCAGCUCCAUGCUGGCCAGUGCUGUGGAGAAACUCAAUGACGGCUUCAUCAGCCAGAAUGACCGCAGGUUUGUCAUCCAGCUGCUGGAGGACCUGGUGUUUUUUGUCAGCGAUGUUCCCAACAAUGGGCAGAAUGUCCUGGACAUCAUGGUCACCAAGCCCAACCGGGAGCGGCAGAAGCUGAUGCGGGAGCAGAAUAUACUUAAGCAGAUCUUUGGCAUCCUGAAGGCCCCGUUCCGUGACAAGGGGGGCGAAGGUCCGCUGGUGCGGUUGGAGGAACUGUCCGACCAGAAGAACGCCCCCUACCAGUACAUGUUCCGCCUCUGCUACCGGGUGCUCCGGCACUCCCAGGAGGACUACCGCAAGAACCAGGAGCACAUUGCCAAGCAGUUUGGGAUGAUGCAGUCACAGAUUGGCUAUGACAUCCUGGCUGAGGACACCAUCACCGCCCUGCUGCACAACAACAGGAAGCUGCUGGAGAAGCAUAUCACCAAGACGGAGGUGGAGACCUUCGUUAGCCUCGUGCGCAAGAACAGAGAGCCCAGGUUCCUGGACUACCUCUCUGACCUGUGUGUGUCCAACCACAUCGCCAUCCCUGUCACCCAAGAGCUCAUUUGCAAGUGUGUGCUGGACCCCAAGAACAGCGACAUUCUUAUCCAGACAGAGCUGCGGCCCGUGAAGGAGAUGGCCCAGUCUCAUGAGUACCUCAGCAUUGAGUACUCGGAAGAGGAAGUGUGGCUCACGUGGACGGACCGGAACAAUGAACAUCACGAGAAGAGUGUGAGGCAGCUGGCCCAGGAGGCGCGGGCGGGCAACGCGCACGAUGAGAACGUGCUCAGUUACUACAGGUACCAGCUGAAGCUGUUUGCCCGCAUGUGCUUGGACCGCCAGUAUCUGGCCAUCGACGAGAUCUCCAAGCAGCUGGGCGUGGACCUGCUUUUCCUGUGCAUGGCGGAUGAGAUGCUGCCCUUUGACCUGCGUGCCUCCUUCUGCCACCUGAUGCUCCACGUGCACGUGGACCGUGACCCCCAGGAGCUGGUGACGCCUGUCAAGUUUGCCCGCCUCUGGACGGAGAUCCCCACGGCCAUCACCAUCAAGGACUAUGAUUCCAAUCUCAACGCCUCCCGAGAUGACAAGAAGAACAAAUUUGCCAGCACCAUGGAGUUCGUGGAAGAUUACCUUAACAAUGUGGUCAGCGAGGCCGUGCCCUUCGCCAACGAGGAAAAGAACAAACUCACCUUUGAGGUGGUCAGCCUGGCGCACAACCUCAUCUACUUCGGCUUCUACAGCUUCAGCGAGCUGCUGCGCCUCACACGCACACUGCUGGGCAUCAUUGACUGUGUUCAGGCACCCCCAGCCAUGCUGCAGGCCUAUGAGGAGCCUGGUGGCAAGAACGUGCGGAGGUCCAUCCAGGGCGUGGGGCACAUGAUGUCUACCAUGGUGCUGAGCCGCAAGCAGUCUGUCUUUGGUGCCUCCAGCCUGCCUGCCGGAGCAGGUGUCCCUGAGCCGCUGGACAGGAGCAAAUUUGAGGAUAAUGAAGACAUUGUGGUGAUGGAGACCAAGCUGAAGAUCCUGGAGAUCCUGCAGUUCAUCCUCAACGUGCGCCUGGACUACCGCAUCUCCUACCUGCUGUCGGUCUUCAAGAAGGAGUUCGUGGAGGUGUUUCCCAUGCAGGACAGUGGGGCGGACGGCACGGCACCGGCCUUCGAUUCCACCACUGCCAACAUGAAUCUGGACCGCAUCGGGGAGCAGGCAGAGGCCAUGUUUGGAGUGGGGAAGACCAGCAGCAUGCUAGAAGUGGAUGAUGAGGGCGGCCGCAUGUUCCUGCGGGUGCUGCUGCACCUGACCAUGCACGACUAUGCACCGCUCGUCUCCGGCGCCCUGCAGCUGCUCUUCAAGCAUUUCAGUCAGCGCCAGGAGGCCAUGCACACCUUCAAGCAGGUCCAGCUGCUAAUCUCAGCCCAGGAUGUGGAGAACUAUAAGGUGAUCAAGUCGGAACUGGACCGACUGCGGAUGAUGGUGGAGAAGUCAGAGCUGUGGGUGGACAAGAAAGGCAGCGUCAAGGGCGAGGAGGGGGAGGCGGGCGCCACCAAGGACAAGAAAGAGCGACCCUCGGAUGAGGAGGGAUUUCUACAGCCACACGGGGAGAAGAGCAGUGAGAACUACCAGAUUGUCAAGGGCAUCCUGGAGAGGCUGAACAAGAUGUGUGGGGUGGGGGAGCAGAUGAGGAAGAAGCAGCAGAGGCUGCUGAAGAACAUGGACGCCCACAAGGUCAUGCUGGACCUGCUGCAGAUCCCUUAUGACAAGGGGGACAACAAGAUGCUGGAGAUCCUGCGCUACACACACCAGUUCCUGCAGAAGUUCUGUGCCGGGAACCCUGGCAACCAGGCCCUGCUGCAUAAGCACUUACAGCUCUUCCUCACGCCCGGGCUCCUGGAGGCCGAGACCAUGCAGCACAUUUUCCUCAACAACUACCAGCUGUGCUCCGAGAUCAGUGAGCCUGUGCUACAGCACUUUGUACACCUGCUGGCCACGCACGGGCGCCACGUGCAGUACCUGGACUUCCUGCACACCGUCAUCAAGGCUGAGGGCAAGUACGUGAAGAAGUGCCAGGACAUGAUCAUGACCGAGCUGACCAACGCAGGUGACGACGUGGUGGUGUUCUACAAUGACAAGGCUUCCCUGGCCCAUCUGCUGGACAUGAUGAAGGCAGCCCGAGAUGGCGUGGAGGACCACAGCCCCCUCAUGUACCACAUCUCCCUGGUGGACCUGCUGGCUGCCUGUGCGGAGGGCAAGAACGUCUACACAGAGAUCAAGUGCACCUCCCUGCUGCCUCUGGAGGACGUGGUGUCUGUGGUGACCCACGAGGACUGCAUCACGGAGGUUAAAAUGGCGUACGUGAACUUCGUGAACCACUGCUAUGUGGACACAGAGGUGGAGAUGAAGGAGAUCUACACCAGCAACCACAUCUGGACGCUCUUCGAGAACUUCACCCUGGACAUGGCUCUGGUCUGCAACAAACGGGAGAAACGCCUGGCAGACCCCACCCUAGAGAAGUACGUGCUCACUGUGGUGCUGGACACCAUCAGUGCCUUCUUCAGCUCCCCGUUUUCAGAGAACAGCACGUCGCUGCAGACACACCAGACAAUUGUGGUACAGCUGCUGCAGUCCACCACUCGGCUGCUCGAGUGUCCUUGGCUGCAGCAGCAGCAUAAGGGCUCCGUGGAGGCCUGUGUCCGCACCCUCGCCAUGGUGGCCAAGAGCCGGGCCAUCUUGUUGCCCAUGGAUCUGGAUGCCCACAUGAGUGCCCUGCUCAGCAGUGGGGGCAGCUGUGCAGCUGCAGCCCAACGCAGUGCUGCCAACUACAAGACGGCCACAAGGACCUUCCCUCGCGUCAUCCCCACUGCCAACCAGUGGGACUACAAGAACAUCAUUGAGAAGCUGCAGGACAUCAUCAUGGCCCUAGAAGAGCGGCUGAAACCUCUGGUACAGGCCGAGCUCUCGGUGCUGGUGGACAUGCUGCACUGGCCCGAGCUGCUCUUCCUGGAGGGCAGUGAAGCCUACCAGCGCUGCGAGAGUGGGGGCUUCCUGUCCAAGCUCAUCCGUCACACCAAGGGCCUCAUGGAGUCAGAGGAGAAGCUGUGUGUGAAGGUGCUCCGGACACUGCAGCAGAUGCUGCUGAAGAAGAGCAAGUAUGGAGACCGGGGCAACCAGUUGCGGAAGAUGCUGUUGCAGAAUUACCUCCAGAACCGGAAAUCCAGCUCCCGGGGCGAGCUCCCCGACCCCACAGGCUCUGGCCUGGACCAGGACUGGUCAGCCAUCGCAGCCACUCAGUGCCGGCUGGACAAGGAAGGGGCCACCAAAUUGGUCUGCGACCUCAUCACCAGCACCAAGAAUGAGAAGAUAUUCCAGGAGAGCAUUGGCCUGGCCAUCCGCCUGCUGGAUGGAGGCAACACUGAGAUCCAGAAAUCUUUCUACAACUUGAUGACUAGCGACAAGAAGUCAGAGCGCUUCUUCAGGGUGCUGCAUGACCGUAUGAAGCGAGCCCAGCAGGAGACCAAGUCCACAGUUGCCGUCAACAUGAGUGACCUGGGCAGCCAGCCUCGUGAGGACCGUGAGCCAGCAGACCCUACCACCAAAGGCCGUGUGGCUUCCUUCUCCAUGCCCAGCUCCUCCCGCUACUCACUGGGCCCUAGCUUGCACCGGGGGCACGAGGUGGGCGAGCGCGUGCACAGCAACGAGAUGGGCACCUCUGUGCUCAUCAUGCGGCCCAUCCUGCGCUUCCUGCAGCUGCUGUGUGAGAACCACAACCGUGACCUGCAGAACUUCCUGCGCUGUCAGAACAACAAGACCAACUACAAUCUGGUGUGUGAGACCCUGCAGUUCCUGGACAUCAUGUGUGGCAGCACCACGGGGGGGCUGGGGCUGCUGGGGCUCUAUAUCAAUGAGGACAACGUGGGCCUGGUCAUCCAGACCUUGGAGACCCUCACAGAGUACUGCCAGGGCCCAUGUCAUGAGAACCAGGUGAGCAGCCUCGCAGUGGCAGUGGUGCUUGUGAAGGAGCCGAGUGGGUGUGAGUGGGGCUGCAGGGCCACCCCGACUCUGAUGCGUCUGGCGCUUGCAUCUCCCACUGCCUCCUGUCAGACCUGCAUCGUGACUCAUGAAUCCAAUGGCAUCGACAUCAUCACUGCGCUGAUUCUCAAUGACAUCAGCCCACUCUGCAAGUACCGCAUGGAUCUGGUGCUGCAGCUCAAGGACAAUGCCUCCAAACUUCUCCUGGCUCUGAUGGAGAGUCGGCAUGAUAGUGAGAAUGCGGAACGCAUCCUCAUCAGCCUGCGGCCUCAGGAGCUGGUGGACGUGAUCAAAAAGGCCUACCUGCAGGAGGAGGAGAGGGAGAACUCGGAAGUGAGCCCACGUGAAGUGGGCCACAACAUCUACAUCCUGGCGCUUCAGCUUUCCAGGCACAACAAACAGCUGCAGCACCUGCUGAAGCCGGUGAGGCGCAUCCAGGAGGAGGAGGCUGAGGGCAUCUCUUCCAUGCUCAGUCUCAACAACAAGCAGCUGUCCCAGAUGCUCAAGUCCUCGGCGCCAGCCCAGGAGGAGGAGGAGGACCCUCUGGCCUACUACGAGAACCACACCUCGCAGAUUGAGAUUGUGCGGCAAGACCGAAGCAUGGAGCAGAUCGUGUUCCCCGUGCCGGCCAUCUGCCAGUUCCUGACAGAGGAGACCAAGCACCGGCUCUUCACCACCACCGAGCAGGAUGAGCAGGGCAGCAAAGUGAGCGACUUCUUCGACCAGUCCUCCUUCCUGCACAACGAGAUGGAGUGGCAGCGCCGGCUUCGCAGCAUGCCGCUCAUCUACUGGUUCUCCCGCCGCAUGACACUGUGGGGCAGCAUCUCCUUCAACCUGGCUGUAUUCAUCAACAUCAUCAUCGCUUUCUUCUACCCCUACGUAGAGGGUGCGUCCACAGGUGUGCUGGGCUCCCCACUCAUCUCGCUGCUCUUCUGGAUCCUCAUCUGCUUCUCCAUUGCGGCGCUGUUCACCAAGCGCUACAGUGUCCGCCCCCUCAUUGUGGCGCUCAUCCUACGGUCCAUCUACUACUUGGGCAUUGGGCCCACACUCAACAUCCUGGGUGCCCUCAAUCUGACCAACAAGAUCGUGUUUGUGGUGAGCUUCGUGGGCAACCGUGGUACCUUCAUCCGUGGCUAUAAGGCCAUGGUCAUGGACAUGGAGUUCUUGUACCACGUGGGCUACAUCCUGACAAGCGUUCUGGGCCUCUUUGCUCAUGAGCUCUUCUACAGCAUCCUGCUCUUCGACCUCAUCUACCGUGAGGAGACGCUGUUUAAUGUCAUCAAGAGUGUGACUCGCAAUGGCCGCUCCAUCCUGCUGACUGCCCUCCUGGCCCUCAUACUAGUCUACCUCUUCUCCAUCGUGGGGUUCCUCUUCCUCAAGGAUGAUUUCAUCCUGGAGGUGGACCGGCUGCCUGGGAACCACUCCAGAGCCAGCACCCUGGGAAUGUCACAUGGAGCUGCCACAUUUAUGGGCACAUGUAGUGGGGACAAGCUAGACUGUGUCUCGGAGGUAUCGGUGCCUGAGAUCCUAGAAGAGGACGAGGAGCUGGACAGCACUGAGCGGGCCUGUGACACUCUACUUAUGUGCAUCGUCACCGUCAUGAACCAUGGACUGCGCAAUGGUGGUGGUGUGGGUGACAUCCUCCGCAAGCCCUCCAAAGAUGAGUCCCUCUUCCCUGCCCGGGUGGUAUACGACCUCCUGUUCUACUUCAUCGUCAUAAUCAUCGUGUUGAACCUCAUCUUUGGGGUGAUCAUCGACACCUUCGCCGACCUGCGCAGUGAGAAGCAGAAGAAAGAGGAGAUCCUCAAGACCACAUGCUUCAUCUGUGGUCUGGAGAGGGACAAGUUUGACAACAAGACAGUCUCCUUCGAGGAGCACAUCAAGCUGGAGCACAACAUGUGGAAUUACCUGUACUUCAUCGUGCUGGUCCGUGUCAAGAACAAGACGGACUACACAGGCCCCGAGAGCUACGUGGCUCAGAUGAUCAAGAACAAGAACCUGGACUGGUUCCCACGGAUGCGCGCCAUGUCCCUGGUGAGCGGUGAGGGCGAGGGUGAACAGAAUGAGAUCCGAAUCCUGCAGGAGAAACUUGGCUCCACCAUGAAGCUGGUGUCCCACCUCACUGCCCAGCUCAAUGAACUCAAGGAGCAGAUGACAGAGCAGCGGAAACGGAGGCAGCGUCUGGGCUUUGUGGAUGUGCAGAACUGCAUGAGCCGCUGAGCAGAGCCACGGAAGCCCCCACAGGAGGUCCACGGAAAACAUUGCUGCCUUUCCUCCAGGUCAGAUGGCCAUCGGCCCAUCAGCCUCUGGAGGCCAGGUGCCUACUCCACCACCUGCUCUGCUGGCAACCCUCCCGCAAGCCAGGCUCUGGCCAGCAGGGGUACUUCAGAGCACAGUCCUGCUUAGAGCCCUUGAAGAGACUCAGUUUACCUUAGUGCCUUAGAGGACACUAGGUCCUCCAGACUGCUGUGCCUUGAAGCAGUUAACUGACAUUGCUCAGUGGUCCUUGCAGGGGUUAGAAGUGGGCUGCCUCUCAUCUCCAAGCACUACAUUGUGGCUGUUCCCGGCCUUCCUCCUGCCUCAGGAAGGUGGUAGCCUGCUGUUAUUAGCUACUUAGUUAGGGCUUGAUACUUAACUUAUUCCCCGGGGUUAUCCCACCCUGUUGUGCCUGCUGGGGACAGUGUGCUGAACUCUUGGCCCCGUCCAAGGUGCCUGAUGACUCAGGAUGAAUGGCUUUGUAGGCAAGCGUCACUAGCCCAAGGGACAGGACUGAGCUGUAUGAAAUGGUGUCUGACUGCUUUUCUCUCUGGUGUCAUGUUUUACAAGUCCUAUGUCCUGAGAACUAAUGUGUUAACUGCCUUAAAUAAAUUAAUGGAAUCCAAGGCCA